UGCUUUUUCCAGGUUCAAUUAAAUAACAAUAAUCUUAUAAACUAACCUAACCCCUGUACGACCACAAAAAUGUCUUCGAAAUCAAGGCCACCCCCUCCCAGGCUAGCUCCGAAACCAGGAAUGGUAAAGACAUUUCGAGCUCUGUAUCCUUAUGAAGCGCAACAGAAAGAUGAGUUGUCAAUUGAUGAAGGGGACAUUAUUUAUGUGACUGACCAAAGUGAUAGCAACUGGUGGAAGGCAACCUGCAAGGGUAAAUCAGGUCUCGUCCCUAGCAACUACAUGUCAGAGGAUAGCGCUGGAGCGAUUGAUUUCCCACUUCAUGAAGCAGCGAAGCGCGGAAACCUCGAUUUUCUACGAGAAUCACUUCAGAAUCGGGUUGGAAUUAACGGGCAGGAUAAAAGCGGAAGUACAGCUUUAUACUGGGCAGCUCAUAGCGGGCACGGUGAAGUGGCAGAUGAGCUGGUACAGAAUUCGCUCACCGAUUUAAAUUCCCAAAACAAGCUCGGAGAUACUGCACUGCACGCUGCAGCUUGGAAAGGCCAUGAUGAAAUUGUUCGUCUUCUACUUGAGCGAGGUGCAAACCCAUUGUUACAAAAUAAUGAUAAAAAGACACCGUUUGAUUUGGCGUCCUCUCCAGUGGGGGCGAGUCUUCUGAAACCCAAAAAAUGUAACUCCCUUGGAAGUCUAAGCGAUGAUUAUCUUGGAGAUGGUGACGAAUCUGAUUAACUUUCGCAAGAUCAUGAGCGAAACCAUAUUUUUUCAUAUCUAUUGAUGAAUCAUGGAUAUUUGACGGUAUCGCUUGAAACUAUUUUAUCAGUAAUUUUUCUCUUUUCAGUUAUUAUUGGUUCGCUUUGAGAAAACUUGUAGAAAAAACUUGAAACUAGUAACUACUCGUCUCCAGCCUUGCUUACUAUUCGAUUAGACAUUUGGCACUGGUUGCUUCUAACUCAGGGUGGUCCAAACCAGGCCCGCGUGCCACAUGUGGCCCGCCGCUUCAUUAUCUGUGGCCCACGUCACCUCGGAGAGUAAUCAGAAAAUCGCAUUUUGUGUUGUUUCAUCAUAAAAUAACUCAGAAAAAUCUUUUGACAUAUUGUCAUCACUAAUGUCACUGAAUUAAAUAGUGUUAUGGCUAGCUGAGGAAACUAGCAAAAUUGAAUGAUGUGCUUUUCUAAAUUGUUAUCUGGCUUUUAAACAUUUUGGUCGGAAAUAUAUGCUAACAAUAUAGGCAUCAUAGAAAACUAAAAAUUAAAUGCGGAUUCUAUUGGCUAUGACUGAUAACUAUGUGUUUGCGCAAUAAAAGUGUUUGUUUUGUAUUGCACUGUUUACCUAUUCUUGGCACUAUUGUGGCCCGCG